AUGUUGCAGGCCAACACUCAUCACGUCCAAAAUGGGAAAUUCUACCAACAGACCGUCGAGGCCAUGGAAGCCAAGCAAGCCGGGCGAGCUCACAGCGAGAUGGACGAUGAGGGCCUCUUCCAGAAGCUAAAGGCGCCGAAGCUGGCGCCAGAGGAUAGGCAGGCGAUUGCGGUGGAGCGGCAGAAAUAUGAGAGUCCGCUCAAGAUGACGCCUGGCGAUGGGGACGGGGGAGAUGGAGGAGGGGUGGGCGCUGAGUCAGAAGAGAAGUCGAUCGCGGGACGUAAGAAGAUGCCUGUGCCGUCGUCGGUGGCGAGGUACUCAGCUAUCACGUCGCAGAAGGAGGAGGAUGCAGUGGUGGAGGAGGAGCUGAAUGCUAUUUUGAAGAGGUCGCCUAUAAUAAUAUUCUCCAAAAGCUUCUGCCCCUACAGCUUCAAGGCCAAAUCCAUCAUCCUGAACAUGUACAGAAUCGUCCCGGCGCCCUUCGUCGUCGAGCUCGACAUGCACCCGCUGGGCAGCGAGCUGCAGCAGAUCCUAGCGGGAAACACGGGCCGGAGCACCGUGCCUAACGUCCUCGUUAACGGGAUGACGAUUGGUGGCGGCGAUGAGAUCGAGGGCUUGCAUGCGCGGAAUGAGUUGGCGGGCAAGAUACAGACGUUGGGGGGGAAGAGGGUUAUGGAGAUUUCGUUGGCGCGGGUGUAA